UCGCCGCCUAACCAGUCACAGCAUUUAAAACAACAAUUGAAAAACAUUAAUUAAUAAUAUUUCACUUAAGAAGUUUUAAAUGGAGAACUCAUUUAUUAAACGGCGAUCGCUAACGCUCAGCACUCGUCUUCUGCAGAAGCGCCACAGUGCCUCGCCAAGCGGUCGGCCAGGAAAUGGACAUGAUGUGGACACUCCUGGUAACCUCUCCCCCAAUGCUUCAUCCGCGAUGGUGUUUACCUCCGAUGUGGAAAGCACUCCACCAGCUAAGCAUAAGCACAGCCUGGACGACAGUGUGGAUUUUUCGCCUCGCCUGGAUAUAAGCCUCUCGCCCAACUGUCUCUUUUCGCAAACGCUGGCAACCGAAAGCCCUGAGGUGGGAUGGCGUUGGAAUCGGAGUAGCAAUGCCACCACGGACAGUGGUUUUGACUCCGCGGAAAUUGGCAGCAUGAGCCAACGAGAAAGGCGCCGACAGAUCGCCUUCAAGGGUGUCGAGGAUCGGCGCAGUCAACUGGACAACGAGCAAUGGCGGGCACAGCAGAUGCGGGCCAAUGUUAUUCUUAAGGAGCGCUGCGCCAAACUCAAUAAACAAAUGGACCAAAUAGUCGUGUCCGAGCCAGUAAUUCCAGUGCAAACCCCCAAGAUUCCACCACCUGUUGCUCCUCGUACAAGAUCAGCGUGUAAGAAGGCUUCUCCAGAUCCAGUGCUGCCUACUACAGCUGCCGCCGAUCCUAUGGCAGACUUUCUGAACGACUCAGAGACUGAUCUUUUCCUGCUAGAGGCCUCUCAGCAACUCGAGUCCAAAAUAGAACCCCAAGAAGCUCCUAAAUCAAGCACCAGCACCACACCAACCAGCCACCACAAAGCGAAGAGACCGUCGUUCUACAUGAAGUUUCUGGAGGACGAAAGCGAAGGCGAGGACUGGCUAUGCGCUCUAGAGGAGGCAGUGCAGCAGGCCACGAUGCCUAAAAAGCCGCGCACUUCGCUUCAACGCUACAAGUCUAUGCCAACCACUGUAGAUUCUUCCAGGGGAGUGUCCACCUUGACUAAUGCGAUUGCGGGCAAGGGCUCAAGCAUCUGCACAAGUGCGUCCUCCUCUUCUGGGUCGCAACCCAUUAAGCGCCAUGCGAGCUCGCACGCCCUGUCGCCAGCCACUUCUCAUGCGCGCGGAAAACUCUUUGGCAGCCGGAAAUGAAACACGAUAAGGUAACCAGCCCCCAUGAACACCAUCAGCUUCCCCUCAGCAAGUACCAAUUGUGAUGAGAAAAGUUAGGUUUAAGCUUUUUCAUUUUGUUUAGCGUGGCUUGCGUUGCCCGUUUCCUUGACCAUUCUGUAUACGAGUGCGCUAAUUGAUUCAUGCAGCUCUUAAGCGUCUUUGUAAAUGUAAAUUUAAGGCUAAUUAAAAAUUAAUUGUAAUUUAAAACAGGUCUCUCAAUUGUUGCCUCGAAUGUUUCUGCGUUCAUUCGGCGCAUGCGACUCGCCAUAUGUUCGGCAUUAUCGGGCCGGGAUGCGCCGCCCACCUGCACAGGUGGCAGGGACAGGCAGCUGGAUGCGACUGGCCACCGACAACCAGUGAGUAGUUGGCCGUCGCUAGAGCUUUCAUUCACCGAUAGAAAGUUCGUUGAGUGCGACAAUGUUUUAAAUUAAUUGAAAUGUAGGCGAAGGAUUUCUGUUUUAAUAUUCAGUGAGUUGUUAUUUAUAGGUCAGUUAGAAUUUAUCAAGGCUUUAAGUUGCUUGGGAAGCAGCUUGGUAAUACAUAAUAUUAGUAUUUAAAUUUAGAGUACAGACUAUUUGUGGUUUUGAUUACCGGGUAUCUUAAUGUCUGAAUACUCAACUACAAAGAAACUACGAAAUUACACGAGCCUAACCCAAGUAUUGUUAUUUUAAAAUUACUUUAGUUAUUUUUAAUUUUUAUGUUACAAUAUACUCUAGAUUUUUAAGAAACAUAUACAUAACAGCCUUAAUAAUCUAAUGCAUAUACAUGUUUUCCAUAUUUUCCAGUUACAACAUUCAGCCUAGUAUAUAAUUUGUAGUUACCUUAAGCAAAAAACAAAUAAAAACUUUUUAUUCAAAUCUUUACGUUCCUAUGAAUUGUAUUUUUGUUUAAUUUUGUAAAAAUUGCCAUUAUUUCCAUCCUACUUAUAAUUUUGCUUAAUUUAUAAAACACUAA